UGAAGCGAGAUGAAACAGCAAGCCAUUUACAAUAUGAAAUAUUUGGCACAUACAACAAUAAUGUCAAUGUGUAGCCAGAAAUAUAACAUUUCAAAGUUAAUGUAACGAUUAUGUGGUACCAUGGUGUGACACAAUUCACUCAAGUAUAUCAGGAUCGCUAUAAUCGCUACAUGCCAAUGAGUGUUGCACUCGGCAUCAGGCACUAGAUAGACAUACAUAGCAUAGGUUAGGCUGCCACUGGAAGUCACUGUAGCUUACUAGCAUAUAUUUAAAGAAAAAUGAUAAAAGCAAAGAAGUAUGACUGGAAGGACAGUAACCUAGCUUUGUUCGGAUCAGACCUAGAAAAGAAUGUUAAAAAGACGUCUGCUAGUGGCGAACAAGCAUGGUCGACAGUGGAUAAAAACAGGGAGAGUGCGUUGUACAUCUGGAGAAUAGUGAAAUUCGAGGUUGUAGCCUGGCCCGUUCCCGACUAUGGCACCUUCUAUGAUGGCGAUUCAUAUAUCGUGUUGAACCAAUACAAGAAGGAGGACUCUGAUGAAAUCGAGUAUGACGUUCAUUUCUGGAUAGGAAAAUACAGCACACAGGAUGAGUAUGGCACUGCUGCUUACAAGACCGUGGAGUUGGAUACGUUCUUAGAUGACAAGCCAGUUCAACACAGAGAGGUGAUGGGACAUGAGUCGGAAUUAUUCCUCAGCUAUUUUGAUGAAAUCAGGUAUCUGAAAGGUGGCGCUGCUAGUGGAUUCCGUCGCGUAAAGGCAGAGGAGUAUGAACCAAGACUCUUCCACUUCCGUGGUGUAAAGAAGAGAAUCACAGUUAAAGAGGUAGCUCGUGUGCGCAAAAGUCUGAUGAGCGACGAUGUGUUUAUUCUUGAUCUUGGUUUGAAAAUCAUCCAGUGGAAUGGGGAAGGCUCGAACAAAGAUGAGAGAUUCAAGGCAGUACAAUUUCUACAGAAACUAAAAGAGGAAAGAGGUGGUAGGCCUGUCAUCCAGACUGUGGAUGAAGCAAGACUCCAUCCAGAGCAUUUGUUCUACAAAAGCAUAAGCCUACCAGAGGAAGAUGAUGACGACGAUGAUGAUGACAAGACAGACGCCGCAGAUAACGAAAAGAAACUUAUGCAAUUGUCCGAUCAAUCAGGAAACGUCCAGUUUAAUGUUAAGAAGACUGGAGAUGUUACAUCUGCUGACUUCGAUACCAAGGAUGUUUUCAUGUUUGAUACUACUCAGGAUCUAUUUGUCUGGGUUGGUCUUGGCGCCUCUGACCAAGAGACAAAGAGUGCCAUGAUGUAUGCACAUAACUACCUGAUAAAGUCCCCCAAGCCAUACCUUCCAGUGACCGUGCUGAGGGAGGGACAGUACAACCUGUCUUUCAAGACUGCCCUUGCUGCCUAA